UUCCAACAAACCAACUCGGGGAAGUGUUAUACUUCAACAAGCUCCAGUGAAAGCUCCACAGAAGAAAAAACGAAACCCUCAAGAGUACUCAUCCUUCCGCAAGAAACCAUCAUGUCCAGUUGGGUGUUUGAAUGAUGGCAUGGAAAUAAAAAGACAGAAAAAAUGCACAAAAGAAUCAAGACAGAGAAAAAACAAAGAGGCCAACAGUGACUGGAAUGCAAGAUCAGAGACCAGCAAAGGUGCAUUAAAACCCACUUCCAAGAAAUCACCAUGUCUGGUAUCAUCUGAUGAGAAAGGAGAUGAGAAGAAUGUCGAAGGACAGAAAAAACGCAAAGACAAAAUUUCAAGAGACCAAAAAGAACCCCGACAGCACUCAGAUGGAAGUUUGGAGGACAGUAUGGAUUCUUCAGAACCCACACAGUCUAGCAAGCAAGAAGUAAAAAAGCACGCCAGAAAGUCAAGACCAACACACCAGAAAGACUUGGAUUCAGGACCAGAGGCCAGUGAGGGUGCUUCACAAGUCACUCAGUCCAGUUCGAAGAUAAUGACUAUUCAACAGAAGAAACCCUGGAGCAGCUGUGAGAAAGAGGCUGUGUGGAAGCAUUUGGGGAAAUUUAAGGCACUGAAGAAGGUUCCUGGCAAACAGGAUAUUCUGUUAUGUAAAGGGUCAGAGCCAGCACUUGAAAACAGAACUUGGACGGACAUAAAAAAUAUGGUGCAUAACACAAUACAAUCAGAAAAGAAAAGGCUCAUCUCAGCCAGUAAAAGGGUAGCCUGUGAUGAAAGUGAAGUUUUCCAAAGUGAAUCCGGGAAUUGUAAAAGACGAAAAACAUUUUAG